AAUCACUUAUUACUCUUCUUUUCUACCUGUUUCCCUGUCAGCUUUUUAGUUUUUAUCACUCACAGUUUAUAUCACAACCAAUGGAUGGAAACUUUAGAUACUUUGCCCCCGCUCAGGCGGAUUACGGCAAACCCAUGUUUGAAAACCGUGCACAGCCAGGUACCUUUUCCUGGCAUCCUUAUGAAAAUCCCGGAUUUCCUCCUGGACCAACUUCCAAUGACGUACCACCACCACCUGCUUCUCUCUCUGGCCCUCCUUCCGAACCUUGGACCGAUAGACAGCAGUGCGUAGUACCACCUUCAAUGCAGAACCAACCAGUGCCGUUUGCCACAGUAUCGCCCGAACUUAUCCAGAAGCAAAUGCCCACAUCGUACGCCUACUAUGGUUCUCCUGUUCCCCUUCAUCCAACGGCGAUACCACCUUAUACAGCGGUCAUGCAACCAGCCUCCACUGGGAUACUACCUCCAGGAUCGGUUACUGUUCGAGCACCAGCACAGGACUCCAUCCCUCAGGCACCAUACCCUUCCAUGACAACCGAAGCCGUCAAUUUGCCAACUCCUUCCUUGACACCUUCCACUGCAUCUCCCACUUCGUCUUCCACCAUUUCUUCUCCCGUCACACCUCGUAUGCGACGCAAGCAAUCAGAACAGUCACCACAAUCUGAAAAAUCGGGGGACGACAACACCGACGAUGAGACGCGGCGACAGCAGUUCCUAGAAAGGAACCGGCAAGCUGCUCUGAAGUGCCGUCAGCGCAAGAAAGAAUGGUUAUCACGUUUGCAGUACAAUGUUGAAACCCUGAGUGUGGAGAACAAUGUAUUGCAACAAGAAGCGACCAUGCUUCGAGAGGAAAUUCUUAAUCUAAAAACGAUGCUGUUGGCUCACAAGAACUGCCCGCACGCGCAAGCCAAUGGCGUCAAUGGUCUCGACAAUGCCAUGGCCGUACCGCCUCCCGCUUACCGUUUGAUUAAUUAGAAUUUCUGCCCUUUCUUUGUACUAUGUUUAUUUCUCCGUUGGU